CAUAAAUAGUCGAUACAAGUCUUCCGGGUUUAUAACGUCAUCUGGUCACAUGACUUCGUAUGCGCGGAGCACACUGGUAAAUAUACAAAUCAUUUCCUUCUCUUACUUCCGCAUUCAUUUAUUUGAAGAUCUGCGCAGGGAUGGUCCACACUUCCGGUGUUGGAAUAAUCACGUGAUAUUAUUGGUGCGAGACAUGCAGGAAGGAAGCUGAACAGCAGCCAUCAGUAAAAGGAGGAGAUUUGAGGCAAGAUGGAGUCAGAAGCUGGAGAUGUGGAUCUGUCCUCCAAUGAGCAUUCACCUGAGAAAGGAACAGAUGUGUGUGUGGUCAGCGAGCCCCAGCCUCUGGAGGACAUUGUGUUAGUGAAUCAGGAGUGUGUAGAGAAACUGAGUGAAGGUCUGAUCUCACACUACCUCCCAGAUCUACAGCGCUCUAGAGAUACACUGCAGGAACUCACUCAAAAUCAGGAUGUACUGCUCGACACCCUGGAUCAGGAAAUCACCAAGUUUAGAGAGUGUAACUCCAUGAUCCAUCUCAACACACUGUUCACCGAGGCUAAAGUGUAUCACAGUAAGCUGGUGAACAUACGCAGAGAGAUGAUCAGCCUGCAUGAUAGAACAUCCAAACUGAAGAAGCGAUCUCUGAAGCUGCAGCAACAGAAACAGAAGGAGGUUCUAGAGCGAGAGCAGCAGAAAGAGAAAGAGCUGGAAAGAGAGAGACAACUCACCGCCAAACCAGCCAAACGCACCUGAACACGAACACACACACACACACACACACACACA